AUGGCUGAGCAGCUUGCAAGAGGAAAUCAAUAUCAAUACACUGCAAACUCCAAUCUCGUCCUUCAGGCUAACCGAUCAGAAUUACCUCGAAGAGAUCAUGAGCCUUCUGGUGAACCAGAAUCAUUAUGGGGUAAAAUUAAUCCAAAAGAUUUUGGUUCCCGAGCUCAAAGGGACACUGUAAAAGAUAUACAGGCAAAAAGGAAAAAAUCCCAACAAGCUGCUGAGGCUGAAGAAAAGAAGAGACGUCGAAAAGAAGAAAGUUCAUUGAAGAAAGCAUAUGGUUACUCUAAUGUAUUAGCAGCAACUGAGUAUUUCGAUGGACAAUCUUAUAGACCAAGAACAAAAGAAACCCGUGAAACGUAUGAAUUGAUGUUGGCAUUUGUUCACCAACACCUUGGUGAUCAAGCUCAAGAUGUUGUCCGUAGUGCUGCAGAUGAUAUCUUAAAAAUAUUGAAAGAUGAGAAUCUCAAAGAUUUUGAUAGAAAAAGAGAGAUCGAGUCUUUUAUUGGUUCAAUGGAACCAGAACGCUUUGCUCAGUUGGUUAAUUUGGGAAAGAAAAUUACCGAUUAUCAUACAGGAGAAGUGAUGGAUCUGGAUAAAGAAGGAGAUACAGGAGAAAUUGAUGAUGAAUUAGGGGUUGCUGUAGUUUUUGAUGAAGAGGAAGAAGUGGAAGAUGAGUAUGGAACCUAUGAAGUGGAAUCUGAAGAGGAGGAGGAUGAUGAAGGCGGAGUAGAGGCAGAGACAACUGGAAUAUUAGGUGUGGGACAAAUCGAAGACGACGAAGAUAAGGAAAUUGCUUCAGAUGAGGAAAAUGAAGGUUUUAAAACUGUUAUAGGACCAGAAAUAUCAAAAUCGAAGAAAAUUUCUGUCGCACAGACAGAUCAAAAAAUAUCGCCACACGAUAUUGAUGCCUUUUGGCUUCAACGUUUGGUCGCUAAUUAUUAUUCGGAUCCACAUACAGCACAAGAGAAAACUUCAAGUACAAUGCAAAUUCUCGUUUCAGAUAUAAAUACACGCGAUUGUGAAAAUGAGUUAAUGUCUUUAUUUGAAUAUGACAAAUUUGAUCUUGUAAAAAUAUUGACUCGUAAUCGUGAUUUAAUCGUUUGGUGCACUAAGCUAGCUAGAACUGGUACUGAUGGAGAGGAACGUCAAAAUAUUGAAAAAGAUAUGCGCGAACUUGGAUUAGAAUGGAUUUUGAGAGAUCUCGGUGGGGAAAGGAUUCGUCGUGGUGAAGGUGCUGCACGUAAGGGUGUUGUUGAGGAUGCAAUGGAAAUUGAUGAUAGAACUGUUUUUUCACUUGGUCCAAUACCGGCUGCUGUCAAAGCUACAUUGCCUCCUGGUACAACGGCAACACCAAAAGCAGUAGUAGAUUUAGAAACUUUAAUGUUUACUCAGGGUGGUCAUUUAAUGUCGAAUAAAAAAUGCAAACUACCUGAGGGCUCAUUUAAACGCUCUAAGAAGGGCUAUGAAGAAAUUCAUGUCCCUGCACCAAAACAAAAACCAUUUUCAGAUGAUGAAAAGCUCAUUCCAAUUAAGGAACUUCCUGUAUGGAUACAAGAUGCAUUUAAGGGUGCAAGAACUCUUAAUCGUAUACAAAGUCAAAUUUAUCCCGUUGCAUUUGGACAAGAUGAAAAUUUAUUAGUCUGUGCACCAACUGGUUCAGGAAAAACGAAUGUUGCCAUGUUGUGUAUUCUUAAUGAAAUUGAAAAAAAUCGUGAUGUAGAAACAGGCAUUAUUGACACGGACUCUUUUAAGAUUGUAUAUAUUGCCCCAAUGAAAGCUCUUGUACAAGAAAUGGUUGGCAACUUUUCAACUCGAUUACAACCAUAUGGUAUUAAAGUUGCUGAAUUGACCGGAGAUCGUCAACUUACCAAACAACAAAUUUCAGAAACGCAAAUUAUAGUCACUACACCCGAAAAAUGGGAUGUUAUAACAAGAAAAGCCACUGAUAGAAGUUAUACAAAUCUUGUUAAACUUAUCAUUAUUGAUGAGGUGCAUUUGCUUCAUGACGAUCGAGGUCCUGUACUAGAAAGUAUUGUUGCUCGUACUAUUCGUCACAUGGAGCAAACUCAAGAAAUGAUUCGAUUAGUGGGUCUAUCCGCUACUCUUCCUAAUUAUGGUGACGUAGCUACAUUUUUGCGUGUAGACCCCAAAAAGGGUUUAUUUCAUUUCGAUAGCACAUUUCGUCCGUGUCCAUUAAAACAGGAAUUUAUCGGAGUUACAGAAAAAAAGGCAAUCAAGCGAUUCCAGGUCAUGAAUGAAGUUACAUAUCAAAAAGUUAUAGAUCAAGCUGGAAAAAAUCAGGUAUUAAUAUUUGUUCAUUCAAGAAAGGAAACUGCAAAGACGGCAAAGACAAUUAAAGAUAUGGCAUUAGAUAAGGACACACUUGGACUAUUCCUUAACCCAGGUUCAGUUAGUAAGGAAGUUUUGCAGGAUGAACUUCAAAGUAUAAAAGAUCCAAACCUUCAGGAGUUGUUGCCUUUUGGAUUCGCUAUACAUCAUGCAGGAAUGUCACGUACUGAUCGUACUACUGUUGAGGAUUUGUUUGCUGAUGGCCAUAUUCAAGUUCUCGUGUCCACUGCAACCUUAGCUUGGGGUGUUAACUUACCUGCACAUACCGUCAUUAUUAAAGGAACGCAAAUUUAUUCACCUGAAAAAGGUCGUUGGGUAGAAUUAAGUCCUCAGGAUGUACUUCAAAUGUUGGGACGUGCAGGUCGUCCACAAUUUGACACUUUUGGUGAGGGUAUAAUUAUAACGUCCCACACUGAACUUCAAUAUUAUUUAUCUCUUUUAAAUCAACAAUUACCAAUUGAAAGUCAGUUUAUAAGUAAAAUGGCUGAUAAUUUAAACGCAGAGAUUGUCUUGGGUACAGUAAGAAACCGAGAUGAAGCAGUUCAAUGGUUAGGAUAUACGUAUUUAUAUGUUCGCAUGUUACGUAAUCCCAAUCUUUAUGGUAUUUCUAUGGACUAUUUAGAAGACGAUCCAUACCUUGAACAAAAACGAGUCGAUUUAGUUCAUUCAGCUGCUAUACUAUUAGACAAAUCUAAUUUGAUAAAAUAUGAUAAGAAAACUGGUAGAUUUCAGGUUACCGAGUUGGGUCGCAUUGCUUCACAUUUUUACAUUACCCACACGUCAAUGUCUACGUACAACCAGCACUUAAAACCUAUGAUGGGUCAUAUUGAAUUGUUCCGUGUGUUCGCACUUUCCGAUGAAUUCAAAUAUAUCCCUGUUCGUGAAGAAGAAAAGCUUGAAUUAUCCAAAUUACUUGAACGUGUACCUAUACCUGUAAAGGAAAGCAUUGAAGAACCAACUUCUAAAAUUAACGUCCUUUUACAAUCUUACAUUUCACAACUAAAACUUGAAGGUUUUGCACUGGUUUCUGAUAUGGUUUAUGUUACACAGUCAGCAAGUAGAAUUCUCAGAGCAAUGUUUGAAAUAUGUCUUAAGCGAGGUUGGUCUCAAUUAUCUAGAAGGGCUUUAGACCUCUGUAAAAUGGUAGAAAAACGUAUGUGGCUUUCAAUGUCACCGUUACGACAAUUUAAACAAAUGCCCAUGGAGGUGGUUAAAAAAGUAGAAAAGAAAGAUUUCCCUUGGGAGAGAUAUUUUGAUCUGAAUCCACAAGAAAUUGGGGAACUUGUUGGAAUACCCAAAGUUGGAAAAUUGAUUCACAAGUUUAUUCAUCAAUUUCCGAAAUUAGAUCUUGUUACUUAUGUUCAACCGAUUACUAGAUCAUUAUUAAGGGUUGAACUCAAAAUCACACCUGAUUUUAUGUGGGAUGAAAAGGUUCAUGGUACAGCCGAAGCAUUUUGGGUUAUUGUCGAAGACGUUGAUGGUGAUGUUAUAUUGUAUCACGAUUCAUUCAUUCUCAAACAAAAAUACGCAGAAGAGGAUCAUGUUAUAACGUUCACUGUUCCACUUUUUGAACCGUUACCACCAAAUUAUUUUAUUUCCAUUAUAGCGGAUCGUUGGUUACAUUGUGAAACUAAGUUACCAAUAUCAUUUAGACACUUAAUACUUCCAAAGAAGUACCCUCCACAUACAGAGUUACUUGAUUUGCAACCUUUACCUGUAUCAGCUUUACGCAAUCCCGAAUAUGAGGCUGUAUAUAAUGAAUGGGUUGAUAAAUUUAACCCUAUUCAAACUCAAGUAUUCAAUGCUUUAUAUAACAUGGAUGAUAAUGUCUUCGUUGGAGCUCCUACAGGAAGUGGAAAAACAGUUUGUGCUGAAUUUGCCCUUCUUCGCUUAUGGACUAAACAAAAUCACGGACGUUGUGUGUAUAUCGCGCCGUUCCAGGAAGUUGUUGAUCUUCAAGUUGCACUGUGGAGACAAAAAUUUGGCAAAAUACAAGGUGGAAAGAAUAUAGUGGCACUUACCGGUGAGACAAGUGCGGAUCUUCGCUUACUUGAAAAUGGGGAUGUAAUAUUUGCCACACCUACGCAAUGGGAUGUAAUGUCUCGUCGAUGGAAACAACGCAAAAAUGUUCAAACCGUGGCAUUGUUUAUAGCGGAUGAAUUACAUUUGAUUGGCAGUGAUGUUGGACCAACAUACGAAAUCAUUGUCUCGCGAAUGCGUUACAUCGCACAUCAAACGAAGAAUCCAAUUCGCAUUGUAUGUUUAAGUACUUCGUUGGCCAAUGCUCAAGAUCUCGGAGAAUGGAUUGGUGCAACUCCUCAUACCAUUUUUAAUUUUCAUCCUAGCGUUCGUCCUGUACCGUUAGAAAUUCACAUUCAGAGUUACAGUAUACCUCAUUUUGCUUCACUCAUGAUGGCCAUGGCUAAACCAACCUACGUUGCUAUCACAACUUAUUCUUCCGAUAGACCAGCUAUUAUAUUUGUACCAUCUCGUAAGCAAUGUCGACUUACCGCUGUAGAUUUACUCACUUUUUGUGCUGCUGACGGAACACCAGAUCGUUUCUUUCAUGCACGUGCCAAUGAUAUUGAAAAUCAUUUGAAUAAUGUAAAUGAUAAAGCUUUAGCUGAAACCCUACGACAUGGAGUUGGUUUUUAUCAUGAAGCUUUAAGCAAACAAGAUAAACGAAUCGUAGAAGAACUAUUUGAAAGCGGGGCAAUUCAAGUCGUUGUGGCGUCACGUGAUACAUGUUGGGGCAUAAAUUUGAGUUGUCACAUGGUUAUUAUUAUGGGAACUCAAUUCUUUGAGGGUAAGGAGCAUCGAUAUGCCGAUUAUCCAAUAACAGAUGUUCUUCAAAUGAUGGGUAGAGCUUGUCGACCACGACAAGACGAAACUGGUCGAUGUGUCUUGAUGUGUCAAGCAAUCAAGAAAGAUUUUUAUAAAAAAUUCUUGUAUGAAGCAUUACCUGUGGAGUCGCAUUUGGAUCACUUUUUACAUGACCAUUUCAAUGCUGAGAUAGUCACUAAAACCGUUGAGAAUAAACAAGACGCUGUUGAUUAUCUUACUUGGACAUUUUUAUAUCGCCGUAUGGUAGAAAACCCGAAUUAUUAUGGUAUGCAAGGUUCCGAUCAUAGGCACUUAUCAGACCACUUAUCCGAAUUAGUCGAGACAACUGUCAAUGAUUUAGCCGCUUCAAAAUGUAUUACUCUAGAAGAUGAAUUAGACGUUUCACCACUUAAUCUAGGUAUGAUUGCUGCUUAUUAUAAUGUUAGUUAUGUAACGGUAGAAAUGUUCAGUAUGAGUUUGAAUGAAAAAACCAAGCUUAAAGGACUUUUGGAGAUUUUGUCAUCUGCGGCCGAAUUUGAGUCUAUUCCUAUUCGUCAUCAUGAAGAUAGCGUUCUUAAGAAAAUAUAUGAGCGACUUCCGGUCAAACUUGGAAAUCCAAAAUUCAAUUCUCCACAUAUCAAAACCAAUAUUAUGUUACAAGCUCAUUUCUCAAGGACACAAUUACCACCAGAUUUGCAAUCUGAUCAAGCAACCGUUUUGGGCAAAGUUAUUCCUUUGAUCCAAGCAGUUGUUGAUGUUAUAAGUUCCAACGGAUGGUUGAAACCUGCUUUAGCUGCUAUGGAGUUAGCACAGAUGUGUGUGCAGGCUCUGUGGGAUCGUGAUUCACCAUUAAAACAAAUACCUUAUUUCACCACAGAAAUCAUUAAACGCUGUGAAGAAAGAGAUAUUGAUACAGUUUUUGGGAUUAUCGAACUCGAAGACGAAGACCGAAAUGAGAUACUUCGAAUGGAUGGGAAACAAUUACGCGAAGUUGCUCGUUAUGUUAAUCGAUACCCCAGUAUUGAUGUCAAAUUUAAUUUAAAGGACGAAGAUGAGCUUAUUGCAGGUUCUCAAGGUGUCAUUGAAGUAAAACUUAACCGUGAAGUUGAUGAAGAUGAUGAGAUAGUAGGACCGGUUAUUGCACCAUUUUUCCCACACAAAAAAGAUGAAGGGUGGUGGAUCGUUUUUGGUGACAUGGAAAAGAAUUCAUUACUUGGUAUUAAACGUAUUACCUUAAAUAAAACUCUUGGUGUAAAGUUAGACUUUACUUGUCCACCAGAAGCUGGCGAACAUUUAUUAAAAUUAAUCUAUAUGUCAGACUCGUAUAUGGGAUGCGAUCAAGAAUUUGAGAUACCGAUUACAGUUCAGGAAGGAGCUGAAGAUAGUGAAGAAGAGGGAGUAGCAAUGGAAACAUAG